AACCAAUCGUGAACUGUCACGACGCGCUCGCCUCGCUCCCGCCCAGCCAUGAAAGUAGUCGCUGUAUCCAUGCCUUCAUUGGGAGCGCGAGCGCCUUCGUGUUCUUGCUCGUGCUCCUGGGACACCCAACAGAGGCUCCCUUACAACCGCAACGCCCCCAGGAACCCCAAUUCCGGCAAGCUCAAAACCCCCGCUCAAUCCUCCACCGUCCCGACGCCGCGCACCGCCGUCGCUGCUCCGACCCACCGCACGGACCCCCGUGUCGCAGAUCUUCUCAAGCGCUCUAAUGCUCGCCCACCGCGCGCUCAAGAUGAAUCGUACUUGGGGUACGAGCAGUGGUUGCCUAGUCCGCCGAAAGUGGAGAAGCCUCGGUCUGUCUAUAAUGCUGCGUUGUUAGCAUACAUUGGGGAUAGCAUAUACGAGCUAUAUGCUCGCAGGCACUUUUUGUUUCCUCCCCUGAGCAUUGAAGAAUUCAAUGAUCGUGUAACAUCUGUAGUACGUUGUGAAGCGCAGGAUGAACUGCUUCAAAAGCUGCUUGCUGACAAUUAUCUAUCAGAAGAAGAAAGGGGUGUUCUUCGGUGGGGAAAGAAUGUUGUUACGGCUAAAACACGGUCUAGAAAACGUGCUGGUUCUGCAGUUUACAACAGAGCAUCGUCACUGGAAACUUUGAUUGGUUAUCUGUACUUGACGAAUGUGCAGCGCUUGGAAGAUGUCAUGCUGAAGUUGGGAUUCUCAACAGGUGCUUCGUCUGAAUGGGUGCUGAAUCAAGAGCUACUAGUCAGCUAGGAUGAGAGUGAAGAUAAAUACAUAACACAUGGCUGUGACAAUGACCAGCCACUACUAAACCCCCAAAGGGCAAAUGUGGAGAGCGAAUCAGUAAGAAUGUUUUAAGUCUCAUUAUCUUCAAUUAGAUGAUAAUUGAAGGUCACCGCCAGUAUCGGACGAAUAUCUGGGUUUACUUUUCCUGUUGCACUGUACUCCAUAGGCCGCUGGAUAAAUUAUCAAAAUCUGGUUGUAAUGCAUACUCGGUCUCCUCUUCUUCCGUCACCUUUUUCCUGUUUCUCUGGUUGCGAGACCCCAUCCUCGUGUCCCUUGUGAGGUGAGGGGAAAGGCUGUUAAGUGAUACAUCACUAGAAAACACCCACAUCGAAAAGCGACCAUUUGAGCGCCGUUUUUUGGGCCUCAAUCUGCUUGAAUUUCGGUCAUGCCAUUCAUAAAUGGUAUCGGGACAUGGACCAUCGUGGUGAAGGGAGGCUCAUAUAAAUUAUGCAACAUAUCGGUCUGACAAAGGGGUGGCUUCCUACUCUGGUGGGAAGUUGGUGGGCAUAUAUGCCAUGCUACACUGCCCGAGUCGUGUGUGUGAGAAGCGCCAAGGUGGUGGGUUUGUGUCAUUGUGAGACCCCAUAUUUCACAGUGGUCGAGUGAUGCAUGGAUCAGAGAUCAACUCCACAGGUCAUCAUCGGUCGACUACUCCUUUUAAGGCACACUCAUGUAUCUGAGUCAGGGAACUACAGUCAAUUGCCACGGCUAAUCCUCAAACUUGAAGUCUUGAAAGGCCUCUUUU